CGCGGGGGGGCGCAGUGCAGCGCUGGGGCCCGGCCGCGGGGCGGGGCGGGAGCGGGGCGGCGGGGCCGUGAGGAGAAGGCUCGGCAUGGCGGGGCUGAGUCCCGGGCUGGCGGCGCUGCUCUGCGCCCUCCAGGUGCAGGCUGCCGGCCGGGGAGCCGCCGUCACGCAGGAGCUGCAGCAGGAGGGGUUCCACAGGGACCUGCUGGUGAAGGUGGACCUUGGGGAAACCGGAGAGUGGGCUGGAGGAUGCUCGGUGGUUGCUAGAACUCAUCUGCCGCCAGGAAUCUACGUGGAUCCCUACGAGCUGGCAUCGCUACAGCAGCACAACUUAACGAAGGCGGUGUUAAUUCCUGACGUCGUUGAUGUGGAGGCUCCUGAGUACUCGGCCACAGGCCUUGUGGUUCUCCUGUACUUGGAACGCGACCCUCGCUGUUUGCGCUGUUUCAGAGGUGCUUUGCCCGUGCAUGUGCGGUACCACCGGCCAGCAGGGGAUGGGGAGGAAGCACUGGUUGCUCUGAAGAGUCCAGAAGUACUGGUCUGCUGCUGCGAUGAUCACCUGUCACCGGAGAGUUGGAAGCCUGCUGAAGUGGAAGCUCCCUGCUCAGGGAAAAGGGACUACCCCUGUCAGUGGUACAGCGCAACACACAAACCUGCAUGUGAAGAAUUGAUUCUUCAGGUUCCAGUGGGGCUCAAGCAACAUAGUGCCUUAGUGUGCGUCGUGACUCUUCUUGCCACGGUGUUCUGUUCCAGUCUGAUUCUUGCUGCUGUAUGCAAGCACGGACACUUCUUCUCCCUAGUCACCUGCUCAGAAUAAAGAAACAAGGAGCGACUGAGCUCUGUGCAGCAAAAA